AUGCUAUUAGAUAUUGACGAAAAAACGAACACAAUUUCGUCUAAACAUCUCGCUGAGAUCUUAACUGGACAAGGUAAAUCGUGGACGUUGGCUCUUCUAGCAGGAUUUUUUAGUUUAGUUGGUUGUCAAGUCACAGUCGGUUGUUACAACGAUUAUUUAUCUCGACGAGAUGAAGGAGAUUUCAAGAAGUAUUUAGAUCCAUUUAAGUUUACAAACAAUGUUAAGUAUAGAACAUUCGAAUCAAUGUGCGAAGAGAAACUGACCAGUAAGAAACAUAAUAAAAAAUUUAGAGAUAUCAUUUUUGAUAUUCUAUCAGGGGAGCAUCUCUCUCCAGAAUAUAGUCAAGAAAAUGAAAACGAAAAGUCUAUUCUCUUGAUAGAUGAGGUUGACGUAUUUUUUUCACAUAAUUUUGGCGCUAUGUAUUGUCCAGGACUUCGCAUUAAAAAUAAAUGUUUUGUUGAAAUGCAGAAAGAUAUUUGGGAAAACAUAAUGAUGAGUAAAGUUGUUGAUAAAAAUCAAUUGAAAACAUUAGCUAACCAGAGAAUUUUUAAUUCAACUAGUCAAGAUAAAAUGUUGUCACAUUUAGUAGAAUCAAACCUUUUAGAGGAUCACUUGGAAAAUAUGAUAAAUACUGCUCUUCGAAUUCGCGAAGAUAUGAGAAAUAGAAAUGAAUUGAGAGAUAAAUAUAGAAUUAUAGAUAACAUUAUACAUACGAAAGAUAAUGAUGGCAAAUUUGUGUCAACGACUUGGUAUGACUAUGAGGAUAGUUUUUAUUAUUUAAAGUUAAUGUACGAAAAGCAGAAAAGUUUUAAGCAAGUUCAUUUAGACGAAGAUAAUUUUGGAUAUUUAUCAAUUCGAUGUGGACUCAUUUCAUAUUCAGAGUUGCCCAAUUCAUAUGAUGGAAUAUUUGGUGUCAGUGGAAGUUUAAAAGCUCUGUCGGCCGGUGAAGAAUCUUUACUAAUCUAUUAUAACAUUCAUAAAAGAUCUUAUUAUCCAUCAUUUUUUGGUGGAUCAAAAUUAAAAUUUAGUAUACCGAAUGAUUUUGUUAUUAAAGAUUGCAAAAAUGAUUGGUUUGAUAGCAUUGUUACCCGUGUUCGACGAAGAAUUGCUGAAGAUCGAUCUGUUUUGAUAUUUUUUUACAAUGAAAAGCUAUUGGACGAAUUUUUUACUUUUUAUUCAGGAGACUUACGUGUUGUUCCAUUUUAUAUUACACAAAAUAAGAUUUUUGAUGGGCAUAAAGAUAGAGUUUAUAGUGAUAUUUAUGUGGAUAAAUUAAUUAAAGAUGAAUAUGCUGGACAUCAUGGAAAAGUCACUUUACUAACGAGGGUAUUUGGAAGAGGCGUUGAUUUUCAAGCAGAAGCAAAGGUAAACGAAAAAGGUGGUAUUCAUGUAAUUCAAACAUUUUUCUCAAUGAAUGUCAAAGAAGAAAUCCAAAUAAAAGGAAGAACAGCAAGAAAAGAUGAUCCCGGAAGUUAUGAAUUAGUCUUGUGUCGAGAGCACCUAGAAGAGCCUGACUCCGUAGGAAUGAAAACUUCGAAAUUUGUAAAUAUAACAAAAGAAACAACUUAUGAUGAGUUAGACAAACAGAGGACAGAAAUAGUUGAUUUGUUUUGCCGAGAUAAACUUAAAAAUAUUCAAGCGAAUAAAAACCGUCACGAACUUACGGUAUCGUUUUUUGAAAGAGCAAUUACUGAAUGCAACGAGAACAAUCGACAGGAUUUUAUAAAAGAAAUUAAGACAUUGUAG